AUGCUGAAUUCNGCCGAAUCAAACCCAAUAUCAAAACUGUCAAUACCAUAUCAAAUCCAAUACUCCAAUACCAAAACUAAAUCGAAACCAAAUCACCAAAACCAAGAAUUUUGCGACUCUUGCAAUUCUUCAUUUUCACGAUAUGAUGUUCAUCGUUAUCAUCAUCAUCAUCGUCAUCAUGAUCGUCGUUGUCGUGGUGAUAGUCGAAUGAUAUCACUAAAUCGUGAUGAUUCUUGGCAAAGGCGUCGAUCGACACGUAGUAAUAAGAAAAACAAGAUGGUCACUUGA